AGUUGGGAACCGUGGAACGCCGGUCCCGGGAGAGAAGGGAGGUGUCCUAGCCGGGAGGGAAGCUCGGGUGGGCCUCGCGGCGGGCCGGGGCCCGACUCGCCCCCGCCUGGAAGAGCGCGAGUGUGAGUCGGAGCUGGGGCGACGCGCGGAGCGGCGGGCGCAGUCAUGGCAGACUACUGGAAGUCACAACCAAAGAAGUUCUGUGAUUACUGCAAGUGCUGGAUAGCAGACAAUAGGCCUAGUGUUGAAUUUCAUGAAAGAGGGAAGAAUCAUAAGGAAAAUGUGGCAAAGAGGAUCAGUGAGAUUAAACAGAAAAGCCUGGAUAAGGCAAAAGAAGAAGAAAAGGCAUCAAAAGAGUUUGCUGCGAUGGAGGCAGCUGCUCUGAAAGCAUACCAGGAGGAUUUGAAAAGACUUGGCUUGGAGUCAGAAAUUUCAGAGCCAAGUGUAUCCCCGGUAACGAGCACUGCCCCACCCGCCCCUGCAUCAAAUCAACAGAAAGAAAAAAAGAAGAAGAAAAAAGAUCCUUCAAAGGGAAGAUGGGUAGAAGGUGUAACAUCUGAGGGUUACCAUUAUUAUUAUGAUCUUAUCACAGGGGCAUCUCAGUGGGAGAAACCUGAAGGAUUUCAAGGAAGCAUAAAAAAGACAGGAGGGAAGACCAUUUGGGUAGAAGGUUUAAGUGAAGAUGGUUAUAACUAUUAUUAUAAUACAGAAACAGGAGAAUCUAAAUGGGAGAAACCUGAUGAUUUCAUUCCACACACUGGUAAUGUGCUUUCUGAUAAAGUCAAUGAAAAGUCACUUGGUGCCCUAGAAGAAUCAAAAUCAUUAGAUUCGCAUAGUGGUUCUGAAGGGGAACAGGAAGCAAAAGAAGUCAUCUCUACAGAAAGACCAAAGCUAAAAAUAAAGUUUAAGGAAAAAAAUAAAAAGACUUUUACACCUCAGGAAAAAAAUAAAAAGAAUGAAGGAACUAAACCAGAAACACAGAAAGAAAAAAACAUACCAAAACAAAAUUCAUCAGUUCCAAAUGAAGAAAAACCCAAAGUACAUAAAAAACCAAAUCCUUAUGGAGAAUGGCAAGAAAUUAAACAAGAAGUCAAGUCUAAUGAGGAGGUAGAUUUGGAACUUCCAAGCACUGAAAAUGAGUAUAUAUCAACUUCAGAAGGUGAUGGUGGGGAAUCAAAAGUGGUAUUUAAAGAAAAAACCGUCACUUCUCUUGGAGUUGUUGCAGACGGUGUCGCCCCCGUUUUCAAAAAGAGAAGAAUUGAAAAUGGAAAAUCUAGAAAUUUAAGGCAACGAGGUGAUGAUCAGUAAUUGUAAAAGAACUUCUUACGUACACUUUUUGGACAGAAUGGAGACAAUACAUCUUAAAGAUUCUCUGUAUGUGUUUCUGACUAUUUUGAUGCUAAAAAUUUAGAUUUAUUCUAAAUGUAUUUUAUGUGAAUUAAAAUAAAUCUUUUUUUAAGAGAAACUUAUCUUUGUUCCUAAAAUGGAGCCUACCACAUUGUAUUGUAAUACAGUGUAUUAUGUUCAGUGUCUAAAAAUUGAUAAUUAUAUCAUAAUUUAAGAUGCUAUGUAUCUUAUUUAAAACAUGGAAGCAAGGCUUUAUUUCAUUCUUACUCAUAUGCACAUAUUUACCUUUCAUUGAAAAUGCAUUACUUUGCAUACUAAUAUUAACUGUUAUCCAAGAAACAAGAAUCAGACCACAUAAAAGAAAAUUCAGACAGUGGCUGAUUCUGAGGAUCCUGUCAGAAGACUAAUGUGGAAAGUAUUUGCAUAUCAUCUUACCUUACUCAAUUUAAGGUACAAAAGGCCGGUAAGUAGGAGCAGCUCAGGUACUCCAAAUCAAUUCUUAAUAUUUGGUGAAACCUGCACCAAAAGUAGGAAUGAAAAUUAGCCCCAAUUCAGUUCAAAACAAUAAAUGUUGCUUAAGCAUUUUUGCUUUGGGCCAACCAUUAUCUUAGGAACCUGGAGCUAUAAAGAUUAAAGAAACAUGUCCCUCUUCUUCAAGAGUAUGUGUCCUAGAAAAUAGAGUUCACUUAGAUUAGGAAUUUUUCCAUUUUCUGGUUAAAUUUCUUUAAAAAUGGACUUAUUUAAUCCAUUUGCAAGUUCUUAAAAUUAUAUUUUUCAUAAAUUGUACAGUAUUUAACUUUUGGCAGUGAAUAUUUGUCUUUAUAAGAUACUAGUGUACAUGUAAGAAAAUGGUAGCUUAUUAAACACUUCAUUAAAGAGUAAGUUCUGUUUUUCUUCUUUCUAAUACCAAUCACAUUCAACUUAGUUUAGCAUUGGUAAGCUAGUAUUUAGAGAGUUGUCUUUUGUUUGUUUGUUUUUGACAGGCAGAGUGGAUAGAGAGACAGAGAGAGAGGUCUUCCUUUGCCGUUGGUUCACCCUCCAAUGGCCGCCGCGGCCGGCGCGCUGCAGCCGGCACAGCGCACUGAUCCAAAGGCAGGAGCCAGGUGCUUCUCCUGGUCUCCCAUGGGGUGCAGGGCCCAAGCACUUGGGCCAUCCUCCACUGCCUUCCCGGGCCACAGCAGAGAGCUGGCCUGGAAGAGAGGCAACCGGGACAGAAUCCGGCGCCCCGACCGGGACUAGAACCCCGGGAGCCGGCGCCACAAGGCGGAGGAUUAGCCUAUUGAGCCGCGGUGCCGGCCGAGUUGUCUUUGUAUUUAUUCAGUCUGUUUAUCUGAGUAUUUCAUGAAUGUUGAAGUCUAGACUUUCUCCUCUAUCAUGAAGAAGUAUUUCACAAUAUAUUUUUAAAGAUUUAUUUAUUUGAAAGGUAGACUGACAGAUCUUCUAUCAGCUGGUUCACUCUCCAAAUGGCUGCAGGAGCCAGGGUUCAUCCAGGCUGAAGCCAGAAGCCCAGAAUUCUGUCUGGGCCUUCCACAUGGGCUCAAGCACAUUAGUAGGGAGCUGAUCUAGAAUGAGGCACAGGCACUCUUAUAUGUGUCCCCAGUGUUGCAAGUGGUGACUUAACCCCCUAUACCACAGUGCUGGUCCCUGAAAUAGCUUUAUAAUUCGUUUUUUGUGGUUUUUUUUUUUUUUUUUUUAGAUUUAUUUAUUUAUUUGAGAGGCAGAGAGAGAGGCAGGUCUUCCUUCCACUGUUUCACUUCCCAAAUGGCCAUAACAUCCGGGGCUGAGCCGAUCCAAAGCCAGGAGCCAGGAGCUUCUUUGGGGUAUCCUACGUGGUAAGGGGCCUAAGGACUUGGACCAUCUUCUGCUUUCCCCAGGCCAUAGCAGAGAGCUGGAUUGGAAGGGGAGCAGCCAGGAUUUGAACGGCGCCCAUGUGGGAUACCAACCCGCUGCACCCCUGAAGUAUCAUCAUAAUUCUUGAUUUUGCCUUUGUCAUCUUUCUAUGCAUUUUGGUGCUUGACUUUCCUCUGUUGGAAAAGAUGAUAAUAGACUGCCUUACUCUAUUUUGUGUUGCUAUAAAAAAUACCUUAGUUCAAGAACAUGGCAAGGAUCCCCUGGCUAUAUCAUAAUAUGGCAGAAAAAUUGAAAGGGAACUAGCUGUGUACAGAAGAUGCCAGGCACUUGGGGUGGUCUCACUUUGUGAAAAUGCAUUUUUGUGAGAACUAACCACAAGGCCAGCAUGAAUGCCUUCUAAGGGCUGUGACUCCCACCUCUUGAAGAUUUCCACCAGAGCUAACACACUGGGAACCAAAUUACCAGCAUAUAAGUCUUUGGGGACCACACGCAAACCAUAACCAAAUCAGCACAGACUAUAAAUGGAAUAAUUCUAUACUUGCAUCUAGCUACUAUAAAAUAUACAACUGAAGACUUCUUUGAAAGAUUUAUUUGAAAGGCAGAGAAGAGUAAUAUUAAUGACUCUAACAGAUCUGGGCCAGGUCAAAGCCAGGAGCUAGAAACUCCAUCCUGGAUUCCCACAUGGGUGGCCAGGAUCCUAACUGGCCCACUGGAAUGGGGUGCCACUAGCCCAAGUGGAGCCUUAACUCACUGUGUCACAGCACCAACCCCUGAAGACUUUUUUUUUUUUAAGGUUUAUUCAUGGGGCCAGUGCUGUGGUGUAGCCGGUAAAGCUUCUGUCCGCAGCGCCGGCAUCCCAUAUGUGUGCCAGUUUGAGUCCCUGCUCCUCCACAUCUGAUCCAGCUGUCUACUACGGCCUGGGAAAGCAGAAGAAGAUGGCUCAGCGGCCAGCGCUGUGGUGCAGUGGGUUAAUGCCCUGGCCUGGAGCGCGGCAUCCUAUAUGGGCGCCGGUUCUAGUCCCAGCUGCUCCACUUCCGAUCCAGCUCUCUGCUAUGGCCUGGGAAAGCAGUAGAAGAUGGCCCAAGUCCUUGGGCCCCUGCACCCAUGUGUGAGACCUGGAAGAAGCUCCUGGCUUCAGAUCAGUACAGCUCUGGCCAUUGCGGUCAAUUGGGGAGUGAACCAUCAGAUGUGUGGGGAGCAACUCGGACUGGACUGAGUUACUGGAAUUAAGACUUAUUCUAUGCAUCUGCUCUCCCACAAUAUGGCGCUGGGAGAGGAGAAAACAGCUUCUAUGCAGCUGCCUCUUGCUAACUUGAGUGAUGACCUCCAGGAGCUGAUCCUGCUCCUGAUUGGAGGAGAGCAGCGUACUCGGCGUGUGGGCAGCCGAGUUGGGAUUGGCGGAGGAGGACUAUAAAGGAGGAGAGAGACAACAUGCACCAGGAACAUCUAAGGGGAACACCCGAGCAGCCCCCGAGAGAGCCGGCCAGCGGUGUGCCGCUCCCCUGCGGAAGUGGGGAAAGUGGCCAGGGGGAACCGCCCUUCCACGGAGGUGGAAGGGAUGGCAGCCAACCCGGGAAGAACCAGCAGCAAACCCGGGGAGGGCCGAGCAGAUGAAAGAACAGCGCAGGGUCCUGUGUCGUUCCCCCACGAAGACGGGGAGCGACAAGAUGGAAGACCUCUCUCUCUCUCUACUUCUCCUCUCUAUGUAACUCUGACUUUCAAAUAAAUAAAAACCUUAAAAAAAAAAAGAAGAAGAAGAAGAUGGCCCAAGUCCUUGGACCCCUGCACCCGUGUGGGAGACCAGAAGAAGCCCCUGGCUCCUGGCUUCAGAUAGCUGCAGCUGUAGCUUUUGCAGCCAUCUGGAGGGUGAGCCAGCAGAUGGAAAACCUCUCUUGCUCGCUCGCUCUGUGAUUCUGUCUCUCUGUAACUCUGCCUUUCAAAUAAGUAAAUAAAUCUGGGGAGUGAAGUGGAUGGAAGAUUCUCCACCCCACCUCCCCCCCGCCAACUCUAACUUCAAAUAAAUCUUCCAAAAAAAAAAGUACGUAACAGAUUUUUAAAUUACCUGGAUUUUUUCAGAAGUAUUUAAUAGGCUCUUUU